AUGUGGGGUAAUGCGUUUUUUACGCACGACUCGCGAGGACUCCGGAGACGCGGUCGUUAUUCGUUCCCACGAAGGGAAGUGGGUCAGCCUUUGUUCCGCUCCUUCGUUUUUGCGCUAAAAAACGGAUUUCUGCGGAGACGCGAACCUGUCGGCCCCGCGCCGCCCCGCGCCCCUCUCUGUGACACACUUUUUAAGGGUGACGAGCAUAGAAUUGUAGACGCAGCUUGCGAUCGCGAUUUUCUCAGGAAUCGAGAAAGGAGGCACAAUCGAGCGGCCCGAUGCAGUCGGAACAAAGGCCUCAUAUUGAAUAUCGCUCCGUUUCCCGGACACGCCGAGUCGACGCAUUGUCUCGGCGACUGUUUACCCUAUGGCGUUAUUAAAAUAAUAAUUGGAAAUAUUAGAGCCACGAGCGGCGGGAAGCUUCCGGUCGGCGUCGAAGAGCUGCGGUUAGUUCCGCCGAGGUCGGCGCCGGACCGUGGGCGCGACACGGACGCCGACGCAAUGCGACGCGAGCGACAACAAUAUUGCAAUUAUCCUCUCGUCGAUGUUAUCCCGUAA